CCCCCCCCCCUCCUCACAGCAGCGCCCUGUGGAUGAAGUCUCCUUCCACCGGUGUGUCCAUGGAGAGAAGGCUGAGCUGUGUGCGCCGAGCAUGGCCGCGGCUCCUGCAGCGACCACCCCGGGACCGGUAUGGCUUUUAGCCGCGUCAGUCCCCUGGACGCCCCGUCCCGAGGCACCUUCAGGAGAGCGGCGGUCAUGCUGUGCUCCCUCCUCACCUCCCUCGUCCUCCUGCACUGCCUCGCCGACCGCUGCAGCACCACCACCUCCAUCACCUCCUCCUCCUCCUCCUCUGCGCACUCACCGGGCAAAGCCUCCUCCUCCUCCUCCUCCUCCGCCGGGCUCUUCGAGGACCUGAGGUCGCUGCGGACUAAGAGGCUGGUGUACGAAUGGACCGCCGGCUCGGAGGAGCUGGCCACGGGCUACGGGGCCGCCGCCGCCGCCGCCGCCGCCGCGCGCUCCUCCUCCUCCUCCUCCUCCUCGCCGCCGGCGCGCCUGCCGGAGGAGCCGCCCGAGGAGGAGUCGCUCCUGCCGCCGCCGCCGCCGGAUCUAUCGGUCGCCUCCAGGAAAGUGUCGCCGAGGUUCGCAGGUAAACUCAGUCCGCUCGGGGAGGGCAGCAAGAAGCUGCCGCAGGCGCUCAUCGUCGGCGUGAAGAAGGGAGGCACGCGCGCGCUGCUGGAGUUCCUGCGCGUGCACCCGGACAUCAGGGCCGUGGGCGCGGAGCCGCACUUCUUCGACCGCAACUACGACAACGGGCUGGAGUGGUACAGGGAGCUGAUGCCCAAGACGCUGGAGGGCCAGAUCACCAUGGAGAAAACCCCCAGCUACUUUGUGACCAGAGAGGCUCCGGCGCGGAUCGCCGCCAUGUCCCGGGACACCAAGCUGAUAGUGGUGGUGAGGGACCCCGUCACCAGGGCCAUCUCCGACUACACGCAGACGCUGUCCAAGAAGCCCGACAUUCCCUCCUUCGAGAGCCUCACCUUCAAAAACAGGACUACGGGGCUCAUCGACACCUCGUGGAGCGCCGUGCAGAUCGGCAUCUACGCCAAGCACCUGGACAACUGGCUGCAGUACUUCCCCAUGGACCAGAUCCUGUUCGUGAGCGGCGAGCGGCUGAUCAGCGACCCGGCCGGAGAGCUGGGCCGCGUGCAGGACUUCCUGGGGCUCAAGCGGAUCAUCACGGACAAACACUUUUACUUCAACCAGACCAAGGGCUUCCCUUGCCUCAAGAAGGCCGAGGGCAGCAGCAAGCCCCACUGCCUGGGGAAGACCAAAGGCCGCACCCACCCGAACAUUGACCCCGAGGUGGUGCAGCGGCUGCGGGACUUCUACCGGCCCUUCAACAUGAAGUUCUACCAGAUGACGGGACGCUUUUUUGGCUGGGAUGACUGAACGUGUUCGUCCGUGACACUGAGGACUAUGGGAAAAACUACGAUGGACUAGUGAGGGCCACUCAAGGAGGAAAAAAGUUUUGAGAACAAAGUUGUCAUAUUUCAAGGAAUAAGACGUAAAUAUCGCAAUACUCAAAAACAUCUGUACUGAUCGACAGUACAAAGGGAAAACAUGGACAUCUUAUCAGAUCUAGCCUAUCGAAUUGUAAAGUUUUGCUUAUUAUAGUCUCGAAACUUACCCCCUUUUUCAUCGAAAUUAUAAAUGUAUUCUCAUAAUAUUUAUGAUUCUUUUAAUAUUUUGUAAAAUUGAGGGUUAAUUCUGUUAAAAUUGUUCCUUUUAAUUAUUUUUGUAUAAAUUUUACAACAUAGCUCUCUUAAUAAUAUAUAAUAUAUAUAUAUAUAUAUAUGAUUUUAAUUCUCAAGAAUAUAACAGCUAAAACAUUAUGAUGCAAGUACAUGGUUAUAUUUAAAAUAGCAAGACUGUUUUCCAAAAUAUUAUAAUUGAUUUACUCAUAAAACCGUGACAAUGUUUUAAAUUUUACUCUGAACUUUUGACUUUUACUUUGACUCUUUCAGAAAUAUUCCGACUUUGUUGUCAAAAAUCUUAUAUAGAUUUCUCCCCGACAGUGUCCUUAUUACUCUGUCGCAGAAACACGGCCUCGCCGCCGAACCAUAAGCAAUAUGUGGCUGUUACGGGAGAGACGGGAGCUCCGAUCUCUCCGCGGCGGCAGCCCCGGAUAUGCAAUCUUUCACCGUUACAUUUCUCAUCAUCAGAGCUGCCUCUAAUCCACAAUCAUGGAGAUGUUUUCAUCUGGGAAAAGACGAUUGAGUUGUCGAGGGAUUUUUCGUCAUGUCUCGCCCUGCACUAUCGGAAGAAACUCUUCUUUUCUUUUCUUUUUUAAGUCUGGAGAGAGAGAGAGAGAGAGAGAACUUUGUUAUGCAGUGAUUCCUUAAGAAAAUGUGUUUGGGGGCUUUUGAUAAAAAAGCUCCUACUGAGUGAUUUAAUGCCAUAUUUUAAACAUACAUAGCUGCUUUCAAAUUUUCUAGCAAAAAAAGGAUAUGAAAAGAUAAAAAUAUAUGUAUUUUUGAAAUGUAUUUAUUCAAGAGUUUACUCAACGCAGUAUGUUUGUAUUUUGAAUAACUCCUCAUGAUUAUUUUUUGCUCUUUGAUUAUUGCGCUCAUGCCUUUAGACUUCUUUUGUUUGUUUUAUACUGAACGCUAACAAAACGUGUUAUCCUCAUUCAGGUCAUCCAUGCUAACGUGUAUUUGCUAUUCAGUGCGGGGGGGGGAAACACUCGUGUCCACUUUCAGCGUCGGAGCUGCGGCUCAUGUUAUUUCAAGGGAUGUUUCCCCCGAAAACCUUCAGUUAAUGAAGUUACAGGCAGAGAUGGCACCUCGCGAUUAUUCAAGCAACAGCGACUCCGGUGGAGGUAAGAGACCUCCGAGGGGCCGGGUCCCGGGCCGCGACUCGAAUUUCCUCAACAAGCCUCGUUGUGAAUUGAAUACACUUGAUGUCACUGGCCUUCCCUGCCUCGAGGCGGUGUGUGUGUGUGUGUGUGUGUGUGUGUGUGUGUGUGUGUGUGUGUGUGUGUGUGUGUGUGUGUGAGGGCGCAUGAGAACAAUGGCUGAGUUGUUUUUCCCUAAUUUCUGUCUACUUGUGUUGUGAGCCACUUUCUGAAAGCAGAUGUUCCUCCAAAGACACAAAAUCAACAGUGUGUGUGUGGGGGUUUUUUUUCAGGGCGAGCAUCGGAAAAGAACCCUGAUAAUCGUGUUACCAAUCUGACUGUGCUGUUCUGACUGUCGUUCACCUCAAGUUUGUCGGGAGUUUUUCUCAAGACACUCAUUGAAUAAAAGAUGCUAUAUGUACAUGUUUAAUUUA